UUGAGAGGGAGUGUAUGGGCAGUUCCAGCGUCUUAGGGGGCAUUUUCACCUCUACAAAAGAGGAAUGCUUCUAUCUGCCCUUUCAGACACAGCUGCCCUGCUGAAGAGUGGUAUGGCACUGAGAACAGACGUGGUUCUCCGGCUGCUGGUGGUGGUGAUGAGGGGUAUGGCUGCUCCAGCCACAAUCUGCUCUCUGCUGGGCCAACCCGCUCUGCCUCUCCUAUCUGCUGAGGGGGACAUCAACAUUGGAGCAGUGUUCGGUCUACAUAGGAAUGCCCUCUUCAAGGUCCAUCCGUUCACCUCCAGACCAGAGAAAACACCCUGUAUCAGUUUCAACCCACGUGAGUUCCAGUUUGCACAGACCCUGAUCUUUGCCCUGGAGGAGAUCAACAACAGCAGUGAUCUGCUGCCAGGGCUGUCUCUGGGUUACCAGGUCUAUGACUCCUGUAGCUCUGCCACCCUGGCCAUCCACUCAGCCUUGGCCCUGAUGAACAGCCCUGGGCCUGAGGACAGCCUGGGAGACCCCUCCUCCUGCUCCAGAUCUCCAGCCGUGUUGGGCAUUGUAGGGGAGUCAAGCUCCACAUCCUCCAUCGGAAUAUCAUCCCUGGUUGGACCAUUCAGCAUCCCUGUGAUCAGCCACUUCGCCACCUGUGCAUGUCUGAGUAACAGAAAGGAGUUCCCAUCCUUCUUCAGAACCAUCCCCAGUGACUUCUACCAGAGUAGAGCCCUGGCAAAGCUGGUCAAACACUUUGGAUGGAACUGGGUGGGAGUGGUGAACAGCAACAAUGACUAUGGAAACAAUGGCAUUGCCACAUUCAUGGAGGCAGCGUGGCAUGAAGGGGUCUGUGUAGAGUACCAAGAGUCCAUCCAUCGCACAGACUCCCGAGAGAAGCUCCUGGAAGUCGUCAGGGUGAUCCGGAGGGCCACAGCCAGGGUGGUGGUACUGUUCUUGACCUUGGGGGACCUCAUCCCCCUGUUGAAUGAGCUGGCCCUGGAGGGAGACCCUGGGCUGCAGUGGGUGGGCAGCGAGUCCUGGAUCACAGCCAGGCUGCUGGCGGAUAACAAGGCCUACGGCUUCCUGAGGGGGGCGGUGGGCUUUGCCAUCAGGAAUGCCAGACUGGAUGGUCUGGAGGGGUUCCUAGACAAGGUGCACCCCUCCCAGGCGCCAGACAACACCCUGCUCAGGGAGUUCUGGGAGACUGUGUUCCAAUGCUCCUUCGAGGGGGUCAGCAGCACGCUGUGCACAGGAACAGAGAGCUUAGCAAAGCUGAAGAACCAAUACACUGAUGUGUCAGAGCUGAGAAUAUCCAGUAAAGUGUACACAGCUGUGUAUGCCAUUGCACACGCUCUACACAACCUACUGACAGACUUAAAGAAUGACACAGACAGCGGUAACAGACCAGUCUACACAUCACAGCAGGUGCUACAGUACCUGAAGAAGGUGAGGUUUAGAGUAAAGACAGGAGAGGAGAUCUGGUUUGAUGCUAACGGAGAUGUGGUGGCGUGCUACGACCUAGUGAACUGGCAGCAGGAGGAGGAUGGGACCCUGCAGUUCCAUGCUGUGGGGCUGUAUGAUUCCUCGAUGCCCCCUGAACAGCGCUUUACCUUCAACCAGGGAAAACUGGUCUGGGCAGGGGGCCAGGCAGAGGCACCUGCAGCAGUGUGCAGUGAGAGCUGUCCCACAGGCACUCGUAAGGCUGUACAGAAAGGAAAGCCUGUAUGCUGUUAUGACUGUGUACCAUGUGCGGAGGGAGAGAUCAGCAAUAUCACAGAUUCUAACGGCUGCUAUCGAUGUGACUUGGAGUAUUGGUCAAAUGAAAAAAGGGACCGCUGUGUGUUGAAACCAGUUGAAUUCCUCUCCUAUGAAGAAAUCAUUGGCAUAGUUCUGGUAUUUUUCUCCUUACUGGGGUCUGGUGUUACUACUCUGGUAGCUGUUGUGUUUUCAAUUCAUAAGGACACCCCCAUCGUCAGGGCCAACAACUCUGAGCUGAGCUUCCUGCUGCUUUUCUCCUUGACUCUGUGUUUUCUGUGUUCUCUUACUUUCAUUGGCCGGCCCUCUGAGUGGUCCUGUAUGCUGCGUCACACAGCGUUUGGGAUCACCUUCGUCCUCUGCAUCUCUUGUGUUCUGGGGAAAACAAUAGUGGUGUUGAUGGCCUUCAGGGCUACACUUCCAGCCAGUAAUGUCAUGAAAUGGUUUGGUCCUCCACAGCAGAGACUCAGUGUUCUGGCUUUCACUCUCAUACAGGUCCUGAUCUGUGUUCUUUGGUUAACAGUCUCCCCUCCUUUCCCCUACAAGAACAUGAAGACCUAUAAGGAAAAGAUCAUUCUAGAGUGUGAUGUGGGUUCAGCUAUUGGUUUCUGGGCUGUGUUGGGGUAUAUAGGACUCCUGGCUGUCUUGUGCUUUGUGCUGGCUUUUCUGGCUCGAAAGCUGCCUGAUAACUUCAAUGAGGCCAAAUUCAUCACCUUCAGCAUGCUCAUAUUCUGUGCAGUCUGGAUCACCUUUAUCCCAGCUUAUGUCAGCUCUCCUGGGAAGUUCACUGUAGCUGUGGAGAUCUUUGCUAUUCUGGCCUCCAGUUUUGGUUUACUUUUCUGCAUAUUUGCUCCUAAAUGUUUCAUUAUAUUGCUGAGGCCAGAGCAAAACACCAAGAAACAUAUGAUGGGGAAGACAUCCAAUGACACACGAUAUUAAAGAAACAUAUUUUGGGAAAGGCCUUUAGGAUGAAUACUGACCAUUGGCCUAUUCAAAGUCUUUCUAUAAUAAAUACGGACACAUCAUUUCAAAGUCAGUCAUGGGUUAACCUCAUCCCCAGACUCAAUUGAUACCAAAAAAUGGAGCCUGGAAACACUGUGCAAAGAAGUGUUACUUGAAAGGGGAAGGGUUCAAAUCAAGGCAGGAGAGAGAGAUCCUGCUACAGUUUGACUUUGAAAAAUGCAGACAAUCUCACAAUGAUCAUAUUUCUUUUAGGAAGCCCCAACUGAUUCUGUUUGGGCAUAUUUAUUUUUUUAUUAUUUUCACCUUUUUUUUGUCAGGUAGGCUAGUUGAGAACAAGUUCUCAUUUACAACUGCGACCUGGCCAAUACAAAGCAAAGCAGUUCGACACAAACAACAACACAGAGUUACACAUGGAAUAAACAAGCAUGGAGUCAACAAUAUAAUAGAAAAGGUCUAUAUACAGUGUGUGCAAAUGAGGUAGGUGAAGGGAGGUAAGGCAAUAAAUAGGCCAUAGUGGCGAAAUAAUUACAAUAUAGCAAUUAAACAUUGGAGUGAUAUAUGUGCAGAAGAUGAGUGUGCAAGUAGAGAUACUGGGGUGCAAUGGAGCAAAAUAUGAAGUUUACAUGUGAGAACUAGGUGCAUACUUUCUGAAUUCCCGAACUCACUUCCUUGUUUAGCCUAAUUCGUUUGUAGAGGGAAGGUUCUAAGGGUUUUGUUGGACGGUGAUGGACUGAGAUAUCAGCCAAUGUAAAUCCGCUCCUGCCAUGGGCUCCAUUCCUGUCUCUUUAUGAGACAUUGUGAGAGACGGUUCAAAGGAGAAAGAGCCGGCUGGUGUACCAGAUCUGUCAUGGUUACAUGGAUGUUCAAUAAGUCCAAUAAGUCCUGAACACACAUCCAACAGCACAUUAUGCCAAGUGGCCAUAUCUACAUAUGUGUAGUCGCACAUUAUAAGAGUCAAGACAAUAAUGAAGCAGAAAGAAAAUAUAUUUUUUUGACAUAGCCUAUGUUUCUCACUGCUCUACUCCAGUGGCCACUGACAGCCUGGUGUGCUUCCACAGGACCCCUCAGUGACCCCCUCAGUGACUGCUGCUGUCCAGGUCCAGAUCAGGAGCCUACACACAAGCCCCUUAUUGAGCCUCUGUCUCACAGGCCUGCUCUGGACAAGCAUGGUCUACUAUCUCAUCAAAAACAACAUUGACUUCUUAAACCUCUCCUCAUAGGCCUCUGGGCCACAACCCAAUGUGUGUCAUUACACCAAUGGGCAUGUGGCAUUCAUACCACCAUCAACACAAAGCAAGGUCUCAGUGAAAUGUGUUAUAAUGAAUAUAUGUCUGUACUGCAUGUAUCGUGUAAUGUAUUGGCUACCCUUCAUGUAAUAUUACAGUGAUUGUCAUAAACAGUUCAGCUGUCUAAUAUCUCUGGAUCUUCAGUCUUACUUGAAUUAUCACAAUGCUAG